UAGAGAAAGACUCAGACGACAGAGAGAGAGAGAGAGUAGGAAGAGGCGGAGACACCAAGGGGCAGAGAAGGGACGAAGUGAAAAGCUUCGAGAAGAAGAGCUUGUCGACGGGAAUCUCUUCCGCGCGGUGCCCUCAACGGCCGUUUCCCCUGCCACCACCUCCGAGAGAGUGUCAGAGCUAUAAACGGUGGUUAGAGAAAAAUAAGCGGCUAAGUAGGAGAGAAUUACGGAAGAGGCGGGAAAUGGGGAGCUACAAGUACUGCCUCUGUUUCACCCGGAAGUUCCGGUGGAGCGAGGCGGCGCCGCCGCCGGACGUGGUGGCGGCAUUCGCGGCCUACGCCAACGGCGGGGACCACAUGGGACCGGAGCAGCUCCGGCGGUUCCUCGCCAAGGCCCAGGGCGAGUCCGGCGCCACCCUUGCCGACGCCGAGCGGAUCAUCGGUCAGGUCCGGCAGCUCCGCCACCGUCACCACCUUCUCGGCCGCCCGCUCCUCGCCCUCGACGACUUCCACCACUUCCUCUUCUCUGACGAGCUCAACCCGCCCAUCCAAUCCCAGGUUCAUCAAGAUAUGACUGCUCCAUUAUCUCAUUAUUACAUUUACACAGGCCAUAAUUCAUACCUGACAGGAAACCAGCUCAGCAGUGAUUGCAGUGAUGUUCCAAUUAUCAAAGCACUGCAGAUGGGAGUGAGAGUGAUUGAGCUCGAUGUGUGGCCUAAUUCUGCAAAAGACAAUGUUGAUGUUCUUCAUGGGAGGACACUAACUUCUCCAGUAGAGCUCACCAAAUGCUUGAGGUCCAUUAGAGAUUAUGCUUUUUGUGCAUCACCAUAUCCCCUUGUGAUAACUCUAGAGGACCACCUUACACCAGAUCUUCAGGCUAAAGUAGCGGAGAUGGCGACUCAAACAUUUGGAGACAUGCUUUAUUAUCCUGAGACAGAUUCUCUUAAGGAAUUUCCUUCGCCAGAUUCUCUAAAGAAUAAGAUCAUUAUUUCAACUAAACCACCCCAGGAGUACCUCAAAUCUAAGAAUUCUAAGGAGAAUGACUCCCAAAAGGAAAAGGAUGCAUCUGAUGAAGAAACAUGGGGUAAGGAGGUCGAAGUUCAAAAAUCUGAACUUGAAGCUGAUGACAAGAAUGAUCAGGGCCAGGAUGAGGAAGAUUCUGAUGAUGAUGACGACCAAAGCUUGCAGCAAAUUUCAGCACCUGAGUACAAACGCUUGAUCACUAUUCAUGCUGGGAAGCCUAAAGGUGGGUUGAGAGAUGCAGUUAUGGUGGAUCCUGAUAAAGUAAGGCGUCUUAGUUUGAGUGAGCAACAGUUUGCAAAGGCAGCAGCAUCACAUGGGACUGAUGUAGUAAGGUUCACGCAGCAGAAUUUGCUCAGAAUAUACCCAAAGGGUACCCGUUUUACCUCUUCUAAUUACAAACCUUUGGUUGGAUGGAUGCAUGGUGCACAGAUGGUUGCAUUUAAUAUGCAGGGAUAUGGAAGGUCUUUAUGGUUGAUGCAUGGAUUUUUUAGAGCAAAUGGAGGCUGUGGUUACAUAAAAAAGCCUGAUUUCUUGUUAAAGGCUGGUCCAGAUGGCCAGCUGUUUGACCCCAAAAAAAGUUUUCCUGUGAAGACAACCUUAAAGGUCAAAGUAUACAUGGGAGAUGGAUGGAGGAUGGAUUUUAAGCAGACACACUUUGAUGCCUAUUCCCCUCCAGAUUUCUAUACAAAGGUAGGGAUAGCUGGAGUGCCUGCUGAUACUGUAAUGAAGAAAACCAGAACAAUUGAAGAUGAUUGGACACCAGUCUGGGAUGAGGAAUUCAGCUUCCCAUUAACUGUUCCAGAACUGGCUGUGCUGAGGAUCGAAGUCUGUGAGUAUGACAUUUCUGAGAAGGAUGACUUCGGUGGACAAACCUGCCUUCCAGCAUCAGAGCUGAGGUCGGGGAUCCGAGCAGUUCCACUCUGUGACCGCAAGGGAAUGAAAUUCAAAUCUGUGAGGUUGCUUAUGCGAUUUGAGUUUGUCUGAGACUGCAAUAGUAGCUCGGGUUUUGCUGGUACUUCAAUAGCUAUGAAAUGUUUUGUGCUGCAUUGUAACUUAUUUGGUAGCCUGCAGAGCCUAUCGGUUUUUAACCUUGCAUUGGUUUUGUAUUUUAAGUUGUGCUCCUUCAAUACAGCGUACCUUUGAAGGUCAAUUUUUAGUGUUGUUAUUUAGGUCUCCUGUACAUAUUAAAUUAAGAGUUUCCUGGUUUUUGCUGAACUUGUCCAAAAC